AAACCUCCCACUUCUCCCAACGGCUCUCUCCUUCCGAAACAAACUUUUCUGAUUUUUCUUUAUCUCUUUAUCCCAUUUCUGCCAUUUUCUUUAACAGGGGAAGCAACAUCUUUCACAAGCUCUAUUACAUGGCGAAUCUGUAAACCUGUUGCCAGGUACCUUUGUUUUUGGAAAAGUUUAAAAGAAUAAAAUGGACAAGGUGUGUGAAGAGUUAGAUGAAGCUAAAGCUGAGAUUGAGAAGCUGAAGGUAGAAUUAAAAUCUAAAGCAGAGCUGUCCGAUUAUUUGAAGAAAGCUCAUCAUGAACAAAUCGUUCAAAUUCAACAAGCAAAUUCAAAAAUUGAGAAGCAAACCCAAGAACUCAAUGAAAAGGCAGAAUACUUGUCAUUAGCAAGACAAAUGUGUGAAGAUCUUCAAUGCGGUUUGAAUGAAAAGGAGGCCAUCAUUAGACAUCUGAGCUCCUCGAAUGAUAAGCUUAGAAUGGAUUGCGAUGAAAACCGCCGAAAAUGGGAAGAGGAAAAACGAGGGAUAUUGUUGGCUUUAGAUGAGGCAAACGAGAAGAAUAUAGAUCAAGAACAGAAAAUUCAUGUAUUUAUGGCAGAGAUUGAGGGUCUUAAAGGGCUUCUAUCAACUUCACAGAAGAAAUGUUUGGAAGCAGAGAAAAAAGCCAAAGCAUCCAGAGAAUUAAGAGAAAGAGAUGAUAUGCUAUUCAAGUUAGAGGAGGAGAAUAGUAGACUUGAAGAUCAACUAAAAUGGAAGAAAGAGCAGUUCAAGCAUCUAGAAGAAGCACAUGAGAAGCUCCGAAACCAGUUCAAGGAAAGCAAGAAAGAGUGGGAGCUUGAGAAGUCCGCAUUAGUUGAUGAAGUAUGUUCACUGCAAACAAACUUAGAUUCUCAGACAAGAAUCUCAGAAGAUCUUCAAAACCGGUUGAAGAUGUGCAACCAAGCCCUAGCUCAUGAAGAAAGCAGGAGAAAGUAUCUGGAAGUGGAAAUUUCUGAAUUUAAGGCUCGCUUUGACAAUGUUUUCACUGAGUGCCAAGAUGCAAAGUCAAAACUGGAAUGCUUGACCACUAAGAGAGAUAAAGAAAUUGCAGCUUUGAGACAUUCAUUGGGCACAAAAGAGACAUUUUACAAAGAAGUUGAGUACCGAGCUGGGAAAUUAGAGCAAGAAAAUCAGGAGUUACUAUUAUCCCUUAAGGAACUUCGAGAAGCUCAAAUUCAGGAAGUUGGAAAUUCUUCUUCUCUGGCAAAACUGCGAAACAAACUCAGAAGUGUGGAGCAGCUGCACCGAGAUUGUUCUGCGAAUCUCAGAGCUAAAGAAGCUGAAUGGGGCUCUGAACUGGAAAAAUUGUCUGGGGAGCUGAAUAGUUAUCGGUCUGCAUUAGAGAAUAAAGAAACAGCAGCAAAAGAGCUUAAGACAGAAUUGGAAAAAUGUAACUCUGCAAUAAUGCAGCUGGAGUUGCAAAAUGAGGCAGCGUCAGUAAUGUUGCUGGUGCUGAAAUCAGUUAUAAAUGAGGCUCAACUAAACCAUAGAAAUGUGGAGGCUGAGAUGAAUCUCCUUGAAAAAGAAAGAGACGAGAAUGUAUCUCUCUUGAUGGGGCAGCUGGAGAUGAAGAAUGCUGCUUUGGCUAAAGCAUUAAAGGAUAAAGAAGAAGAAAGCCAGAAGGCUGCUGCUUUAUUGAGGAGAGUUGAAUCUUUGAACCUUGUUGAAGAGCAGCGACUCCUUAUACAGAAAGAGCUUGAAAGGUGUAAGGAAAUGGUUCAAGAUUCAUCCAGGUCUCAACUUCACUUCAAGGAGCAAGCUGUACAAACAGAAAGAGAGCUAAAGGAGAAACUUAGAGAACUUUGUGAUGACUUAGACACGGCAAAUUCAGAAUUGGCUGCAGAGCGUGAGAAAGCAGCAUCUUUAUCAAGGAAGGCUGCAUCCUCAGAUAUUGUUGAGGAGAAGUGGCAAAUGAUGCAGAAAGAGCUUGAGAGGUACAAAGAAAUGCUUGAGGAAUCAUCCAGGCAGCAGCUUCAUUUUGAAGAGCAAGCUUUACAAAUGGAAACUGACUUCAGAGAGAAACUUAGAGAAGUUAGUGAUGCAUUGGACACUGCAAAUUGUGAAUUGUUUGAAGAGCGUGAGAAGGCAGCAUCUUUGCAGAAGAGGAUUGAGUCAUUUAGUCUUACCGAAGUGCAGCAGCAGUUGACGCAAAAAGAACUCGAGAGGUAUAAGAAAAUGCUUGAGCAAUCGACCAGGUGUCAACUUCGCUUACAGAAGCAAGCUUUGCAGAAGGAAAAUGGUAUUCAAGAGAAACUUAAAGAAGUAUGUGAUGCUUUAGACAAAGCAAACUCUGAACUGGCUUCCAAAAUUUGUGAAGGACAUGCACUUGAAUUCGAAUUGUGGAUAUGGAAAUCUAUUGCUCAGCGAUUAAACGAUGACCUUGAUGAAAAUCAGGCAUUGCGUAAAGAAUUAGAAGCUUCUCUUCUUGCACAAGUAGAAGUUGCAGAAACCUUCAAGCAGGAGAAAGAUGGCAUUGCCUAUAUGCUAGAAGUGAAAGACAGCAGAAUAGAUAAUCUCCAGCAGCAGAUUGCAUUGAUUGAGCAAGCUGUCACUUCUGCCAGAAUGGAGACACUCACGUCGUUUGAGUUGGAUAAAGAAACUUUCCUUCGAACAAUGAGAGAAAAGGACCAGAUUUUGGAGGAUCUCCAGAAAGAGAUCAAGUGGCUGGAGGAAGAAUCAUUAAGAAGAGAACUUGAAGGGGCAGUUGUCACUCAAAUAGGAGCAGAAAGAAUAUUUGAGCAUGAAAAAGAGAAUCUUAUCCAGCUUUUGGAAGAGAAGGAUUAUAGAAUAAAUGAACUCUUGAACUUUUUAGAGUCAUUGGGGAAAAAAUUGAAUUGCUCAUUAGUCUCUUUUUCUUCAGAGAUUGCUAAUAAGCAGACUGAAAUUUGCCUUAUCCGUGAAGCUUGGGAGAAGAUAGCUGCUGCUGAUAUUCUAGCCCAGGUGGAAAUUGAAGAGAAGAAGUUGACGAUUGCUGAGCUAGAAGAUGACAUCUGUUCUAUACAGCAGAAACUGGAAGCACAGGAAAAAUCUUUAUCUUCUUCAAAAGAUCGAGCAGUGGAGAUUGAAGCUGAACUUGAAGCAAAACAGGUGGAAAUGAAAAGGUUAAUGAAUUUAAUGGAAACAAAGAUUAGAAAUUCAGAAGCCAUAGUUGAUGAACUGAAGAGUGAAAAAAGAAAUUUGGCUGAAGAUGUUAUGAAGCUGUCAAUGGAAAGGGAAAAUUUGCUGGGUUUCAUUAUGGGACUUGGUCAUAGGAUUAGUCAGUUCUCUAAUGAAGAUGUGCAGCUGGUUGGAACCUUGGAAAAGAUAGUGCAGUCUCUUGAUGAUAGUGAAUCUCAUUUGGCUUUAAAGUGCGAUACUGAGGUUUUAAAGUCUGUGAAAGUGAUUGUGAAUAUGAACCCUUCACCUACGACAAAUAAAUUCCAGGCUGUCAUUGGAGAGAGAUCACCAUUUAGAGAGCUAAACUAGAAACUGAAGAGAUAGGCUAUUUACUAUAUAGCUUGUCUGUCUCACCCUUCCUUGAACAUGUCUUUAGUUUUUUUACCUUUUUCUUUUCCUUUUUCUUUGUGGUUAUUAUCAUGCAAUUUUUAAGCAUGAAUUUGUUGUCUUAGUUUGUAUAUGAUUCACGUGCAAUCUGUUUCUAUAAUGAGAUUUGCCACAAAUUCAGAUUGAUUAAUUA